UCGCGAUCCUAUCGUGUUUACCCACCCGACAAAAUGGCUGGUGUUUAUGAUCCCGACUAUGGAACAGCUUAUUACCGUUCAAACGAUCCCAUCAAGAACUUGAAACUGAGGGUGACGUUGAAGAGAGUUUCAGCUGUUGGAUUUGAUGCCGAUGCGGCUCAGCCGAAUAAAACCGCAGAAGGUGUUGAGCUUGCCACACUGGGGAAAGGGAAAAAAUCGAGAUCUGCAGAUUCUCAAGAGUGUGUUGUUGGAUGGCAAGAAAAAAUCUUCUGUCAGAGAGAGAUUGAGUUUUACAGCAAGACGGAAAAUUGCCAGAAUGUUCUGGAUAAUAAAUAUCACCAGGAAGUCACUGCUUUACUCAAUAAACGUCGGCAGCAGGGCAUGGUCUUCACGUAUGUCGAUCAUGAUGAAUUUUCCCAUCAAAAAGAGGGUGCUCAGAGCAUGACGGACUGGCAGGAAGAUCCCAGCCCUCUGGCGGCGAACAUGGCCCAGGUCAGGUGUCGGAGGAUAGGAGGCAGGCAGCUGAGAGAAAAAGAGCAGGGCAGCAUCCCCAAGACGUUGAUCGUGGACGAGGACCCGAGCGCUGAGGCCAAACUGAGGAACCAUCUAGAAGCUCCCCCGAUCCAAGUAAUGUACAUCAUGGCCGACCUGAGUCCUGCCGACAGCCCCGCCGAUGAGACAGAUGAGUACGUGCUGUGUACCCUGAAAGUGGACGCCAACGGUGUUCUGUCCGUGCGGCCUGACUUCACAUGUGGACGCAAGCCAUACAGCAUAGAGACCUUCAGAACGAGAGAGGGAUUUGACUACACAAUUGAAAACAUUUCCAAAGACAUGAGCAGACAAGAGCAAGAUAAAGAGUUAAAGAUGUAUCGAGAGAUGUAUUUGCGGCACAAUGACUUUGUACAGUCCUGCGUGGGACACGAGUUUGAACUGCCUGUGGUGGACACCCUGAGAUACGUGGUUUACGGAGAAAUCAUCUCUGCCCAAGAUUUUGAGAAGGAUAACCUGUACGUCCAUCUGUUUGUCGAUCUUCCAAAAGACUGGAGCGCGGAGAGAAGCCAACAGUUAUCCUGGGUGACCCAGACGUGCCGGUCGAAGACGGAGGACGAGACAGAGAUUGCCUACUUCAGUUACCCGUUCCACUUUGAGCUGAGUUACAAGAAGAACCCGAUAAACUCACAGGAAGACGUGCUCCCUCAUUUCCCACGUCUGAUGGUGGAGGUCGGCGCACUCGACUCCUGGUACCGACAUUUCCUGGAGGGCUACAGCUACUUCCAACUGCCUGCUAAGCCCGGUGUCCACAUUGAGAAGGCCCACUGCUGGAGGCCCACGGGGAACUCAGUGGUCAACAACCUGCGUCGUUUCUUCACCGGGGGCUCGCCGGAAGUGGAGGACCCGUCCUACGCUGCUGUCCCCUCCACCUUUGAUGGCACGUACCUGAGCAAGUUUGGGUUCAGCACUCAGUCAACGGGGACAGUGACGGCCAGGUUCAACGUUGUGCUGCAGUCCAGGACCUUCAUGGAGUCCAAGGCAAACAAGAGGUCGUUGGGUACAUUGCUCGAGACGUUGGGAAUCACUGCCAUGCAAGCAAACAUCACUAGUGUCUUAGAAGCCUUCAAGCGAGCCAGGAUGAAGAUGGUGCACGCCCGCGAGGCGGCCACCCAGGAGCUACUGAGAGAAGCCAAACCUAUACAGAAGGGAGAACUGGACGACGGAGAGGAAUAAAAUCUUACGUCACGUCGGCAAUGUUUGUGUUCUCAGCCAGCUGAUCUAAUGUACAAAACCCAACUUUUGGAAUUUUUAUUUGGUCGCUUUUAAGGACAAGCGGGCUAACCCAGGUUUCGGAGGUUUCCAGAAAUCUG